GCUAACAUAGCUAUAGCUAUCAUUGCAACCUCUCGCGCCUACCGCUUCUUUCCUUGCUUGUAUUGGAGAAGAAUAAACGAUCGAUUCACCUUUUCUCCAACUGUGACGAGCUGUUUCUGCAAAGCACCCAACGAUGCUGGACUAUGUACUGGCAUUUGAGCGUGGUGGCGCCAUUUUGUGGGCUCUGCAGUUCACUUCGCUGCGCCACAACCCUCUGGAAGCCAUUAACGCGCUAAUCAGGGGCUGCCUACUGGAGGAGCGUCUAGGUGACAACACCUUCACGUUCAACCCCAAGUCGGGAGCCCCGCAAACGCUGAAAUGGACUUUCCACAACGGCCUGGGGCUUGUCUUCGUCGCGGUGUACCAGAAGACGCUAUCCCUGCUGUAUGUGGACGAGCUGCUGUCAAACGUGAAGGAGGAGUUUGUGAACGUGUACAAACCCGGGCAGCGCGGCUACAGGCAGUUCGAUGAGACGUUCAACCGGCUGCUCAGGGAUGCGGAGUCCCGCGCGGACGCUGCCAAGAAGCAGCCGGUGAUGCGCAGCGGGCCUCCGGCGAACGCCAAGCAGGGCACUGGCAGCCAGGCGGUGGGGGCCCAGGCCAAAAAGGGCACACAGGCAGGCAAGGACGCCAGCGGCGACGACGACGCCGGUGCUGCCCGCAAGGGCGCUGCCAACGGGACAGUUGGCAAUACGAGCGACGGCUCCGCGGGCGGCGAGGACGGCGAUGAGGACAACGUGCGGGCCUUCGACGUGAGCAAGCUGCCCAAGGGCAUGGCGGGGCGCGGCACGCGUGGCGUGCGUGGCCGGCCGGUGCCUGGCGCGGGCAGCGCUAAGGUGUCGGACACCGGCAAGAAGAAGGAGGAGGCGCCGGCGGCUAAGGUCAAGAAGGCGCGCAACUGGAACACGAUGCUGUCAGGCGGCAAGGGCGACACGCCCACGCGCAUUGACUACACGGAGGACGGCGACGGCCCUGGUACCUCGGACAUGGAUCUGAUCUCGGGCGCCUCGGCCUCGGCCACAGAGGACGAGGGCCGCGGCGUGGGCGUGUCGCGCAUGGACGUGGAGGAGGACGAGUACGACGACUCGGAGUUUGAGGAUGACGAGGACCUGAACAACGGUGCCGGGGGCCGGGGCGGCAGCGGCGCGGGCGCCUCCGGCUCAGCGGCGGCUGCCCCCAAGAAGCAGGGCCUGCUGGCGAGCUUCGUGAGCUCGCUGGCCAUGAACGUGGUGGGCAAGGCGGCGCUGAGCCGGGCGGACGUGGAGCCGGCGCUGGCGGAGAUGAAGCGCAAGCUCAUGGAGCGCAACGUGGCGGAAGAGAUCGCGGCGCAGGUGUGCGACAGCGUGGGCCGCAACCUGGAGGGCCAGCGCCUGGCGGGCUUCACGGGCGUGGCGGCGUUUGUGCGCAACGCCUUCGAGGAGGCGCUCAGCGGCAUCCUCAACAAGCGCUCCGUGGACGUGCUGCUAGACAUUAAGAAGAGCCAGGCGCGCGGCAAGCCGUACGUGAUCGUGUUCUGCGGCGUCAACGGCGUGGGCAAGUCCACCAACCUGGCUAAGAUCGCGUACUGGCUGGGCAGUCACAACAUCAAGGUCAUGAUCGCGGCCUGUGACACCUUCCGCGCGGGUGCGGUGGAGCAGCUGAAGACGCACUGCGCGCGCCUGCGGGUGCCGCUGUACGAGCGCGGCUACGAGAAGGAUCCGGCCAAGGUGGCGUACGAGGCUGUGCGGCAGGCGGAGAAGGACGGCGUCCACGUGGUACUGGUGGACACGGCGGGCCGCAUGCAGGACAACCAGCCGCUCAUGCGCGCGCUGUCCACCCUCAUCUCCCUCAACAACCCCAACCUGGUGCUGUUUGUGGGCGAGGCGCUGGUCGGCAACGACGCUGUGGAUCAGCUCACCAAGUUCAACAAGUCGCUGUCGGACCUGGCGCCCACCACAGCCGGCGCCGGUGGGCCGGGUGAGGGCACAGGCGCGGUGGGGCGCGGCCAGGCGGACGGGUCGGCGUUGACUCGGCGGCACGGCGGCGUCAUUGAUGGCAUCGUGCUCACCAAGUUUGACACGAUUGACGAGAAGGUGGGCGCGGCGCUGAGCAUGGUGUACACCAGCGGCGCACCGGUCAUGUUCGUGGGCUGCGGCCAGACGUACGUGGACCUCAAGAAGCUCAACGUCAAGUCCGUGGUGAAGAGCCUGCUGAAGUAGGACUAGUGACUGCGUGGGUGCAAUUUUUGAACUUGUGGGUGCUGUGGCGGGUUGUUGAAGGGUGGAGGUUCAGGGGAGGACGUGCCAGCCGACCCGAUUGGCACACCAGGAACCGCAUGCAUGAAAGGAGGCCUUGUGCAAGGGCUGGGGCAACGUGGAACCAAGCGUACGGUAGAUUCAUUCUUCGCCGUUUGAUCUGCCACUGAUAGAGUGACAGUAGGUGGAGGUGUGGCUGGCGGAAGUGAAGGCAACGCUCUGCACCGCAUGGGAAAGAGAUCCCGACAAGCAGGGAUUCCUUAUGUUGGCGGUGUGAGUGGGAAUGUUCGCACGGAGUGUAAGGCGAUCCGUGCUGAGGCCUGCACAAGAGAUUGUUGUUUGUCGUUUGUAAUGUCAGCGUCUG